GCAUGGAGGACGGCUUCUCGAGCUACAGCAGCCUGUACGACACGUCCUCGCUGCUCCAGUUCUGCAACGAUGACAGCGCUUCUGCUGCAAGUAGCAUGGAGGUGACGGACCGCAUCGCCUCCCUGGAGCAGCGCGUCCAGAUGCAAGAGGAUGACAUCCAGCUGCUCAAGUCGGCGCUGGCCGACGUCGUUCGGCGGCUGAACAUCACCGAGGAGCAGCAGGCUGUGCUGAGCAGGAAAGGACCUACCAAAGCAAGACCCCUGGUGCAGACCUUGCCCUUAAGAACCACCAUCAACAACGGCACCGUGUUACCAAAGAAACCUAGUGGCUCUCUGCCAUCCCCUUCCGGGGCCAGGAAAGAAACUGCUGUGGCCGCGGCCGCCAAAAGUACCAUCAAGAGGACCAGCUCCUCCGAGCGAGUAUCUCCUGGCGGUCGAAGGGAAAGCUGUGGGGAUUCCAAAGGAAACCGGACCCGCACGGGAUCCACGAGCAGUUCUUCGAGUGGCAAAAAGAACAGUGAAAGCAAACCCAAGGAGCCCGUCUUCAGCGCAGAGGAAGGAUAUGUAAAAAUGUUUCUCCGCGGACGCCCGGUCACCAUGUACAUGCCCAGAGAUCAAGUGGACUCUUACAAUUUGGAAGCAAAAGUCGAGCUGCCCACCAAGAGACUGAAGCUCGAAUGGGUCUAUGGGUACCGGGGUCGCGACUGUCGUAACAACCUGUACUUGCUUCCGACGGGGGAGACGGUGUACUUCAUCGCCUCCGUGGUGGUGCUGUACAACGUAGAAGAGCAGCUGCAGAGGCAUUACGCCGGCCACAACGACGACGUCAAGUGCCUUGCAGUUCACCCCGACAGGAUCACAUUAGCCACGGGACAAGUCGCUGGCACAUCUAAGGAUGGAAAACAAUUGCCGCCCCACGUGCGCAUCUGGGACUCUGUGACGCUGAACACACUGCAUGUCAUUGGAGUCGGGUUUUUUGACCGAGCCGUCACCUGUAUUGCAUUCUCAAAAUCUAACGGAGGAAGCAAUCUCUGUGCCGUGGACGACUCCAACGACCACGUGCUGUCCGUGUGGGACUGGCAGAGGGAAGAGCGGCUGGCUGAUGUGAAGUGUUCUAACGAAGCUGUAUUUGCUGCGGAUUUCCACCCCACGGACACAAAUAUAAUAGUUACCUGUGGAAAAUCACAUCUCUACUUUUGGACCUUAGAAGGAAACUCCCUUAUUAAGAAGCAAGGAUUGUUCGAGAAGCAAGAAAAGCCAAAGUUCGUCCUCUGCGUGACUUUUUCUGAAAAUGGCGACACCAUUACCGGAGAUUCAAGCGGCAACAUCUUGGUGUGGGGAAAAGGUACAAAUCGGAUAAGCUAUGCAGUUCAAGGGGCCCAUGAGGGCGGCAUUUUUGCACUUUGUAUGUUGAGGGAUGGCACACUGGUGUCGGGAGGAGGGAAGGACCGAAAGCUCAUUUCUUGGAAUGGAAACUAUCAGAAACUUCGUAAAACUGAGAUUCCGGAGCAGUUUGGUCCAAUCCGGACGGUGGCCGAGGGGAAGGGCGACGUCAUCUUGAUCGGCACAACCAGAAACUUUGUUCUGCAGGGCACCUUGUCCGGGGGCUUUGCACCCAUCACUCAGGGCCACACUGACGAGCUCUGGGGACUGGCCAUCCAUGCCUCGAAACCUCAGUUCUUGACCUGUGGGCAUGACAGGCACGCCACUCUCUGGGACGCUGUUGGCCACCGGCCCGUCUGGGACAAAAUAAUAGAGGACCCAGCUCAGUCUUCUGGUUUUCAUCCUUCAGGGUCUGUGGUUGCAGUCGGAACACUGACUGGGAGGUGGUUUGUGUUUGACACGGACACGAAAGACUUGGUCACCGUCCACACGGACGGAAACGAGCAGCUCUCCGUGAUGCGCUACUCCCCAGACGGGAACUUCUUAGCAAUAGGCUCGCACGACAACUGUAUCUACAUCUACGGGGUCAGCGACAACGGGAGGAAGUACACUCGCGUCGGCAAGUGCUCGGGUCAUUCCAGCUUCAUUACGCACCUGGACUGGUCUGUGAACUCACAGUUCCUCGUGUCCAAUUCCGGAGACUACGAAAUCCUCUACUGGGUUCCCUCUGCUUGUAAGCAAGUCGUAAGUGUGGAGGCCACGAGAGACAUUGAAUGGGCUACAUACACCUGCACUUUGGGUUUCCACGUCUUUGGAGUGUGGCCGGAAGGCUCGGACGGAACCGACAUCAAUGCUGUCUGUCGGGCGCAUGAGAGAAAACUCCUGUCCACCGGCGACGACUUUGGCAAAGUGCACCUCUUCUCUUACCCCUGCUCACAGUUCAGGGCUCCUAGCCACGUCUACAGUGGACACAGCAGUCACGUCACCAACGUCGACUUCCUCUGUGGCGACAGCCACCUCAUCUCCACGGGCGGCAAGGACACGAGCAUCAUGCAGUGGCGGGUGAUUUAGCCCCAGCGAGAACUGCGGGGAGCAGGACAGGGGCCGGCACGGGCUCGUGCGACGCUCCGCCACUGUGAUUUCUGUUUUGUUUGCGACGUUCUGACAAACCUCAGGAAAACCACUCCCUUAGCUUCGCGCGCCAGUGAGCGUCACCCCGGAUGGCGGUUCUCUGUUCUCCUCUGUUGCACAGUGUAUGAAACAGCGCACAUUUAAUACAAAGAUGCCAAGGUUUACAUUACGGUGACAUCCACAGAAGCGACCGGCACAUCCUUCACUUUUCUAUGAACCCUUCCAACACGGUCACAGAAUGCCUUUUAAAAUAUUGUAUAUAGGCUUUCCUAUUUCACCACCUAGCUUGCUGAGUCAGAUAUUUAUGAAAAUAACGAGGUACCGAAUUGUGAUCGCGAGUGACUAAUUGGUCCCGAAAGGAUAGACCGCAUGAGAAAGAGAGUGGAUUGCUGAUUUCGCACAGCUGAAUCAGGAAAUGCAACUAGGACUUCGUUUGGGUUACAUUUUUCCAAGGGUUCAUCCAGUCCUGCCUCCAGGAGGCUGAUGAGAAAGGGGCCGUAUUCUUCUCGUGUUAAGCAGAUUGAACGCCAGAUCAAUUAAAUAUUUCAGCAGGGUAUACAGGCAUUGCAGAGUUUACACCGUCUGCCUAACCAGAUGCAGUCACCCGCUUAACACCCUUCUGUUCCCCGUUCACGUGGCCUGAAGCGUGGCACAGACAUUGAGCCACCUUCCUCUGUAUAGUAAUCGGCAUGAUACGGUAUUGUACUUGUAUAGGAUUGUAGCGAUUCCUAAUAAAUACAGAAGGCUAGGCUUUACUAUUCUAUGCUUAUGGACAUUGUAUAUUUGUAUUUUAAGACCAAGUAGACCAAGUCAAAACGAUAUCUCUUAAGUGUACAAUAAACCUGCAGCGGGGAGAAGUUCUGGAAGGUUCCACCAGGUACUACGGGCAGCUUCUUUUCCUGUCUCUUGUGCACGGAUGGCUCAUUACACCACAAAAUAAGAUUGGGUUCCAAUGAGUAAAACACGGGUGGCAUACGUUUGUCAAGAAGGCCUUAUCCAUUUUGAUUGUGUGACAGAUUGAAAUUUAUUGUUUACAUUGGGGAAUGUAUCUCAGAUUUUAAAAUAGGAGAGUAAUAAACAGACUUAAAAACAAA